AUGCGUACCUCUAGGUACAGAGCCCGCGCUCCUAUUGUCAACUGCCUUCUCAUCCUGCUCGCCCUUCUCGCCAUCCUGAGACAAGCUACAAGUCAUCAACGACCAGGAGCUUCAUUUCAUACUCUCAACCUUACAAAUUGGGCACUUUCCGGUCAUCAAAUCAAACAAAGAUACCUUAUCUACUUCCUCGCAAUCUUCACGCACGAAGCACCCAACGCCAACGGUUCCGCCUUGAGAACAACCAACUGGAGGAACUUUCUGGGAUGUCAUCUUCAUGCAACUUUUGGCAGCGCCAGAAUCGACGUCGAGGGCACUUUCAUCUGUGUCGUGUACAGACACCACCAGUCUGGGACGUACAUCAGAACGUUAAUUGAGAGGUGCGAAACCAACACGAUCGAAGAGGCAGAGCCCGUUUACGUGAUGUCUGAAACGGAGGGUAGUGGGACCAAGAUUGCCACCUAG